GUCGAUGGACCAACCCGUGUCGGGUGCGCCCAUGUCUUCCCCGGAAGCCAUCGAAGAGGAGCCAGAGCCAAACCUUCCCUUGAGUCCGGUCAUAGAGAAAGGUGCGACCAAAGGCCGAAGAGAGUCUAUGAUCCGAUGCUGGCUGCGCAGAAUGCAGUAGAGUCGCCUCAAAGCUCGCCGACGAAGAGUGCGAUGGGCUUCGUGCCCGUUCUUCCCGUAGUGCCGCCGAGGGUCGCUUCAACGAGGGGAAACAAGGACGACGCUCGAGUUCCAUCGCCCUUUGCUGGGUGGAAUUUCCCGCCUAGCAAAGAGUUCGACAGCAACGAGACGUCCCCUACUCUACUCAAUGCCCCUUUACAGGUAGACGAGCCUAUUUCACCUACCCGGCCAAAUUUUGCCCUUCGACACAGCUCAGACAAGAAGGUGGACGAGAAGGCCCACAGCCCGUCUAUCGCUGAAGAGCUAGGUCAUCAUCCUCCCCCCUCUCCUCCUCCUCCCGCCGCUCCGCGAUGGUGGCAUCGCAUCCCCAUAAUCUCGUGGUGCUUCGAGGUCCUCGCCACCCACUUCAAUCCGCUCUUCAUCCUCGGUGUGUUCAACAUUCGCUCGUAUUUUUGGCCCUUGAGUCUGCAGAAGGCAGCCUACAUGAUCGUAUAUCUGUCCAUCAUUGUCGUCAUGGUGACGACGGCUCAAAUCUACCAUUGGGGCGAUGGUGUCUUCCACGUUCUCAAGGGCACCGUAUGGCCUCUUAUGGUGGUUCUCAUUUGCCUCGAUCCGGUCACUGCCGUCUACUACUCUUCCAUUGCGCCAGUCAGGCCACUUUUGGCGCAGAGCUGUCGGCCAGACUGGGAGGACAAGGAGGUCUAUGAGCUGCAAAUGGCGAGCAAGGAAUUGCAGCAGGGUCGCGACUUGGCUACAAUCGGAGCGCCCGCCCUUGUCGACUCCAACACGCGCGACACAGCUUUGAUCAUUCCCUGCCACGACUCCGAGCUUGAGACGACGGAACUCGUUCUUGCUUCGGCGCUGCGCCUCUUCCCCCCUCAGAACAUCUUCGUCGUCGAGAAUGGCAGGUCUGCCGUACCACCCAACCGUAUCUUCCAAGCGCUGGUUCAUGCCAUCCACCCAGAGAUCAACUACAUUUGGUCCUGCUACGGUAACAAGAACAUCGCCGAGUACGUCGGUGCAUCGGCAGCUCAUCGCUUUAAGUACAUUGCCACAAUCGACGACGACGUCAUUCUUCCUGCCAACUUCUCCGCGCCUGCCCAUCUUAUCGACGAUAAGACCAAGGGCGUAUGCUUCCCCAUCGUAGCUGUGCCUGACCAGCCAGACGGGUCCAAGAGCAUCUUUGUCCAGUGGCAGGAGAUCGAGUACAAAUUUACGGGCUUGCUCAAGGCUGCAGAGCGAGCUCAUGGCGGCGUAUGCUUCCCGCAUGGAGCUGGUAGCUUCUGGGAGCGAGAAACUUUCCUCAAGGUGCUGCGCCGCGUCGAUCUCGUCUUCUACGCCGACGACCUCAAGAAGGGUCUCGCUUGUAUGGAGCUCGAUGUCACGCUCAGCAUCGAGCAUCAGUCGCCCAUUGAGACUGUCGUCCCACUGUCCUUUGCUGGUCUCCCCUUGCCCAACUACUGGACGCAGCGUGUUAGGAGUUGGGAGAUGUCUCGCCAUACUCUCUACUGGACGUGGUUUCGCAACAUGCUUCGCUGGAACACCAAGCAACGAUUCUGGACCGUCCUGACGCAUAAGUUCAUCCUCUUCUACGCCCUCUUUGUCAACGUCAUGGACUGGCUGCGCUUGCCCGCCAUCAUCAUCUUCUCCUUCGACCCCUACCCCUUCUGGCUCGUCUCUGGUCCCUUGCUCGUUCUGCCUAUCCUGCCCUCGCUCAUCCUGCGAUAUUGGAAGAGCCGCUCAGCGGGCAGGGUGGAUCUGCGCAACGACUUGAUGGCCUGCUUGACUUUGCCCAUCUACAAGAUCAUGUACAACGUGUGCUCCGUAGCGGGCUUGCUUCGUACCUUCUUUACCUACUAUCCCAAUCGGCGCCGCAUCCCGACGAUCCCGGAGCUGGAGAAGCUGACGGGCGACGCUCGUCCCUUUUGGCUGGAUGAGCGCUUCUCUGAGAAUCCGGGCUUCCUGGCAGACGAAGCGGAUUCCAUUCUUAUCGUUGUAGAGGAUGCUGUGGCGGCCGAGAAAGGCGUGAUGGCGGUUGUAGAUGCGCCUCACGUAGAAGCUGUUGUCCCUUGACGAUGCAACUCUAGAUUGCCAACAAAUCGAUACCCCCUGUUCAGUCCCAAAUGGCGCUAGUCUGCAUCGAAGCGUUGUUGCCCCUUG